AUGUCAGAACUACUGGGGAGCAGAAAGAACGUGUCAACCCGGGAAGCAGGAUCUUUGUCGGAUGACGAAGAGACUAUUCCCUCUAUUGCUGAACUAGAGGAAGAACGGAAUAGCCCUCUGCACGGCAAUGAGAAUACUGGUGUAGAAGAGCUUGAACAGACUUUAGAAGACGACCGUAUCCACCGCCCUAGAAGAAAAAUAGCCAGAAGAUAA